GACUUAUUUACUUCUUCAUACGUUUUUCUGUUAAGUGGGUGUCAUAUCGUAGUUGUGAAGCCGAUCUAAACAACAGUGAGCAGAGACAAUGUUGUGAUUAUUAACGAAGCAAACGUGCCUGGAGAGAGUUCCUGGAAGUUAAAAUCCGAGCUGUGCCACUGCCAACAGUGAUGUGUUGUAGGAACUGUGACACAUUAAGUAACUGUAUUAUCCGUCACCCGGACUAUCUGCAGGGACUAAAUAACAUUAGGCUACCGCCGUGUGUAGAAAGGGAUUGUGUCAACAACAAAUCCAGAGAUAGUGGUGUUCGCGACGAGGAGACUUUCCACAUCAAAGAUGUCAACAUGCAGCAUAUGAAAAGAUCUCAAACAUCUAAUCUGAUAUCUUGGACUACAUGCAAUCAUCACCAAGAUACUUUCCCCCUGAGGACAACAAACAGCAUGUUUAUGAACAGGGGGAAAAACAGGAGUGAAGAAAACCUAAAGCAGUAGAACAUUUAGGGAAUAGCCUCCAGUUUUUGACUAUGUGAAUGGAUUAGAAAGUUGUUUCUGCCUGCUGUAGUCUACACCUCUGCAGUGUUUCUGUACUCAAUUAUGUAGGGGGUGAAUCUUGACUAAAUAGACUUGUGUCACCAUCUGUGUUUUGCGAGCCUAAAUAAAAACAGCCAGAAGCAAGGAGGCGAAUAGACUGUAAGGCUUGGUGGUUUGCAGGAUUAGCCCAUAAAGAUGCUACAGACGGGUAACUUCUCACUGGUGCUGCUGAUCCAGCUGACACUGUUGGCCUAUGACCUCUUCGCCAACUCCUUCAGUGAGCUCCUGAGGGGAGCGCCUGUCAUCCAACUAGUGCUUUUCAUCAUGCAGGACAUUGCCAUCUUGUUCAACGUGAUCAUCAUUCUGCUGAUGGUGUUCAACACCUACGUGUUCCAGGUCGGCCUGGUGUCCCUGCUGCUGGAGAGGUUCAGGGCUCUGCUGAUGUCCUCUGCUCUUUACCUGACGCUUAGCAUCUGCUUCCACUGCUGGGUGUUGAACCUUCGAUGGCUUGACUCAAACCGCUUUGUUUGGACAGAUGGUCUUCAGGCUCUUUUUGUUUUCCAGAGAACAGUGGCAGUGUUGUAUUACUACUUAUACAAACGAACAGCAGAGUAUAUGGGAGACCCAAGGCUGUACGAGGACUCUCUGUGGCUGCGGGACGCCUUCGCCAAAGCUCGUCAGUGAAGAAGUUUUGAGAGACUUAAAGGAAUACUUCACCAUCAAAAUGAUCAUUUAUAUAUCAAUUACUCACCCCAUGUUACCUGAAUUCUUGAAGAAAAUGUUAAAUGAAGAAUCCCAAAAAGGAGAACAAUCUUGAUGAAUUGAAGUAAAUGGGGGCGCCAUUUAAUAGAUGAAUUAUACCAAAACAUGCGUUUACAAACUCACGUGGUAUAAUAAGUACAUGCAUUUUCUCAACUAUUUGAAAUACUUCUGCAUCAGCAGUCUCACACUUGCGCAGGCGUGCUUCUCCGUCCAUGAGACCGUUUACAUGGAAGUUGAUAAACGCAGCCCUCAUUUACCUCAAGGGUUUUGGAUUUUUCUUUCACCAUUAACUAGUUUUUUUCAAGGUAACAUGGGGUGUGCAAUUGAUAUACAAAUGAUCACUUCGGGGUGAAGUACUCCUUUUUAAAAGGAUCUGCAAUGAAUCAUUACAACACCAGGCAUCAGCAUCAGCUAUUUGGAAUUUGACUAUUUUCACUUUAUUUUUUUUAAAGCCAAGAAUGAAGCAAAGUCUCGAGCAGUUUGGGUUUAAGCCAACUGAGCAGUCGGUUAAAUGGUUUAAAGUGGCAGGUAAGCCAACCAUAGUAGUAUUGUAUUAACCAGGAUUGUGUCAGUUAAUCUAUGUGGCCUUUGUAAAUCAAUUAGUUGCAGACAGAAUGCAACACAUUGAAAGAAUGUUAAAAGUUCAUUGUUGUAGAUGCCAAGUUUGUUUUGAUUUGUGCUAAUGUACCAUCAGAACGGCGUGUAGGAAUAGUUAUUCCCCUCGCAAAGGAGGAAACGUGUUAUCUUAUUUUUGCCUUAUGUAAGACUAGUAUGUGCUGUUUGUGGUAAAUGUCAUUUCAAUAAGCGAAUGUUCAUGUGAAUCCAAAUGUCUUGAGUGGGGAUCUUUGAACCGUGUUCCCGCUGUUUUUAAUAAAUAAUCCUUCUCUAA